AUGGCCGGCGGGUUCGUCAUCUACUCCAACUUCGGGACGUCGCGCAAGGCCGCGGACCUGGCGACCAACCCGCACGCGGCGCUCGUCUUCUUCUGGGGCCCGCUGCAGAGACAGGUGCGCGUGGAGGGCGUGGCGAGCAGGUACUCGCCGGAGGAGAGCCAGGAGUACUUCGACACGAGGGUGAGGGGCAGUCGGAUCGGGGCGUGGGCGAGCAGGCAGAGCCAGGUGCUGAGGCCGGAUGAGACGGUGGAGGGGGACGAUGGGAGGGCGCAGCUGGAGGGGUGGGUGAAGGAGGCGGAGGGGAGGUUUGAGGGAGAGACGGAGAUUCCGGUGCCUGAGUUUUGGGGCGGGUUGAGGAUCGUGCCGACGAGGGUGGAGUUUUGGCAGGGCAGGUCGUGUCGGUUGCAUGAUCGGUUUGUGUAUGUGCGGGAGGAGGGGAGGGAUGGGGAGGAUGACCAGUGGACGUUGGAGAGGUUGAGUCCUUAG